AUGGCAGCAAAAUCUUUUCAAAUUGCUCUUGAAGCAGCAACAAAUGAAAAUAAUAGUGAAGAAAAUUGGGAUAGAAUAUUAGAGGUUUGCGAUUAUGUUAAAAAUGGGCAAGUUAAACCAAAUGAAUUACUUGAUCAAAUAUUAAAACGACUUAAACAAACUCGUAAAACAAAAUUACAAAUGAAUACAUUAAUAUUAUUUGAUGCCGCUGUAAAAAAUUGUGGUCAACAAUUUCAUCAACUAUUUACAUCACGUGCAACGAUGAAUGUACUAGUUGAAAUUAUUGACGAUACACGAACAGAAAAUAUAGUACGAAAUCGUAUAGGUUCAUUAAUAAAACAAUGGAUGGAUGAUCCAGAAUUUAAAGAUAAAGCACAAUAUGCUAUGCUUAGUGCUACUUAUAAGAAAUUAACAACAGAAAAAGGUUAUACAUUUAUUGAUGGUUCUAAUAAUCAACCAUUAUCAACAGUAGCUCCAACAGUAGCAACAGUUGCUUCACGAAGAACUCAAGAAGAUUUAUUAGCUAAACGAGAAGAAGAAGAAUUUGCAAAAGCUAUCGCUUUAUCAAUGCAAGAAGCAACCCAAUCAAAACCUCAACAAACCAUGUCAAAUUCUCUUUAUCCAUCAAUGCAACAAUCAAAUUCAUCAAAUCCAACAACAACAACAACAACAAUAAAUACAAGUGGAAAUGAAAAAAAAGCUAAAGCAUUAUAUGAUUUUGAAGCUGCUGAAGACAAUGAAGUUACAUUUAAAGCAGGUGAUAUAUUAAUCAUUACUGAUGACACUGAUCAACAUUGGUGGAAAGGAAUUAAUAAUGGAGUUGAAGGAUUAUUUCCAGCUAAUUUUGUUACUAAAAAUCUUCAACAACAAGUUGAUUCACCAAAUCAAUCGAAUGGAACAACUAACAAAACAAUUAAUGAUUUAAAUCAAAAACAACAACGUCAGAAUGAAAUUAUUAAAGAUCAAAUUGUUAUUGAUGAACGUUUUAUUGAUCGUUGUUUAGCUAUGUUACAAAAUGCUGAUCCAACCGGUGAAAUUGAAGCUGAUUCAAAUGAAAUGCUUAUGCUUGAAGAUACAUGUUAUGCCAUGGGUCCACUUAUUGAUCAUGAACUUGAAAAAGUUGAUCGUAAACAUGUACAAUUAGAAGAAUUAAAUAAAAAUUUACGUGAAGCAAUGGAUUUAUAUCAUCGUCUUAUGGAAGAAGGUCGUAUACGAGCAGCACAAGCAAAAACAAAUGCAGUUCAACUUGCUAAUCAAAUGUAUCAACAACAAUCACAAGUGCCACCUCAACCCUAUUAUCAAGUUCAUCCAGGUUUACAACAACAACAAAUACCACCGCAACAACAACAACAGCAACCACCACCACCGAUGAUGUAUCAACCUCAACAAAUUUAUAAUAAUCAAAUACCUACACAAACACAACCCUCUAUGCCAUAUAUUCCACAACAACCAGCAGGAGCAUAUUAUGUUGAUCCUAAUUUACAACAACAUAUGAUGUAUUCAAUGCCUCCGAAUAUGAUGCCUCAACAACAACAACAACCACCUUCAACAGCUUAUAGUGAGACGCAAUAA